AUUGCCGAUACUCGGUAUAACUCUUAGAAUAAAAUCGUCAAUGAAGUAAUCUGUGUACUAGAGCUUAAGUCUUGUCUAGAGUGAUUCACUUACUUAUUCCACUAAAAAAGUUAGUUUUGCAGCUUCAGAUCUGGCAAUAGAUUCUGUGCUUGGAUUCGACCUUCUUUUGAAUUGAACCCACGACGAUCUAAAUUUUGAAUAUCAUUUUGCAUUGGUCCUCACGUCAGCAACAAUUGUACCUUACAGAAGCAUUAGAAGUCCUAUAGUGACAUUGCUCCUGUUCAUAUUGUGUCCGCUCAUAACCCCUUGUGGCCUUUACUAUAUAUUUAUCGUUUACGUGUACAUUAAAUGAACGAUUUUUGUUUGUUCUAUUCACUCUGAUAACUUGGUCAUUAGGACGGUUUGUGUCUGUUUGCUAUUGACCAAAGCGGAUAUCGAGAGAAAUACACCUGUUAGGUGGAGGGGAGGAUAGGUACAUUUCGUCUAAAGCUGGCGUCCUCGAGACGUUCUAUUUAGGUUAUCAGGGCUAUUGAGACAAUCGCGAAGAUAGCUGUGGCUUUUACGACUUUCGUGCUAUCUUGUUGAUACACGCCGAUGCCAUGAAAUGAAUUGGAAGCCGGCAAACUGUUCACGUUUGCCGAAGGCGUACCUAGCUCAUCUGAUCGAGGUAGUCAAACAAACGCUUUUAUAGAAUUGACACUAAUUCGAGCCUCUGGAGCAGCUUAGAACUAACCGAGGUAACUGGCUUAAGGGAUCGUUUUUGAAGCCCUCGAGGGAAAAUCUCAUAAGAUUCGUCCAUAGCGCUAAGGCCCUUCAGUGUCGAUCUGAGCGAAUAUCGAGGCGAUAAUGUAUCGGCGGAUUGUCCGUACAUUCUUCCUCCAUGCAGCACUUCAAAUGCUUAGCGAAAAAAAGACCGAAGUGCCCCCGGUGAUGAUGAUGAUGCCGCCACCGAUGGAACCAGUGAUGUUUCCUUUGCCUGACAGGCCUAUGAAGGCACCUUGCAAGAUUCUAGAUGCGGUCGACUUUGAUGAUUUCAUACUUCAUCAUCACCACGAUGUACACGUCGACGUUAUAACUGACAACUCGAUGAUGAAAAACACUAAUGAAGGCGUCAAUAACAUGAAUGCAAUGGCCAUGAUGGAAAUGAUGCCGACGAUGAAACCACCUAUUAUGCCUGCGGAGCCGCCAAACCCGUUACCGGAGGGAGAGUCAAAUCGUCCUGAGAUGGAAGACAUUCCUGCAGACAUCGAUAUGUCAGCUGACGCUGAUCAAAAACCAACUUCUGGGGGAGCCCUGGAAGAUGAUUCCGAACCUGUAACGCCACCUAUGCCGCCCCCCACACGAUACGAACUCACGUCUGGACGACGACCUGCGCCACUUCGACUCAAAGGAGGGCAUCGUCGAGUUACUCGAACCCGCUCAAUGGAAUCGGUGAAUACUAAAUACAGGAUGAACGCCUGAGCGACGACGUGUGAGGUCAGACUUCGGCCAUUGUCUUUUUGCCAUUCACGGUCAGGCGGAGUAGCAUCAUUGGAUUCUGAAACCUACAGUAUUUUAUUGACAUUUUAUUGAUUGGAGAUAACUUAUCCUUCUAUUAUUAUACGCAUACCGAAGAUCAGUGCUUAGCUCAGAUUUGCUUUUUCCUUUCGCUCAACAUUUUUUCAUUUACUAAAACGUUCCACUUACUCUGACCGUCGUCACAAAGUUAAUCUAAAACACUUUCUCCUACGAAUAUUUGCUAGCCCGCCAAUAUAACCGCGUUCAAUGGGUUUUUAUCAUGCAACGUAUCUAUAUUUCUAAUAAAUGUCUAUACGUUUACUUCUGUAAACUGCUCUAACGCGACACACGUACAAACGCGAACCAAAAAAUAAUGGUAUCUAUAAAAGAAAAGACUGCUUCGUAUAAACUGAACUCAUGUUCAGUCAAAUGUAAUAAUAUAAUUACGCGUAGAGAAGAAUCUGGGUGGUCGUAUAAGGCUGCUAUUUUACACUCUUUAAAAGCGUCUACUAAAUCUUGAGUGGGUUAAUAACGCUUGGGUAUUUGUAAGCGACCCAUCUUUGAGAUUCGAUAUGAACUGAAUGCCGUGAGACACUGGUGAUGCGUCUUGCUGACAAGUAUUUCUGACUAUGGGGGAAAUGUGUGUGGAAAAGACAGUCCCGUCUAUCAGCCAAAUAAAACCUGCAGCCUUCGCUAGCUAAUGUAGGACAUCUAAGAAUACAGCCUUGUCGAUUUUUUAAAUACAUGUUUAUUUACUAAAUGUAAAAUAGCUUGUUCUCUUCGUAUCCAUAUAACAAAGAAAAUGAAUAUUUGCUUUUUCUUUUAAGCGAGUUUGCCUCCGUUAGCGUUUAAUUCACCGCAUACCCAGUCCUGCUGCUAUUAUGAUUGUCAAGUCUGCCAUUUAUCGGGAAGCAUGGUCCAAUGGCUUAAGAGAAAAGACCAGCUUUCGCCGCGUGCAUCGUUCGAACGAUCGGGGACGCGCGCCCUUUCUCCGAUCAAGCGGCCAUACAACUUCGAACGCGCACCCAGUUCGGCGCUCUAAGUUUUUGCUGCACAUUUCGGGUGUUUGCAGAUACGCGUGCACCGCUAGUGGUUGUAUUUUACAUCAGGCCGCUGUACGAACUGGGCAAAAUGCUUGACUCUAUUUACACUUUUCGCCAAUGGGCGUAUGAGAAGGCAGACCCGCGAACAAGAGACUGGCUUCUUAUCUCAAACCCGAUAUACGUCAUCGUAUUGGAAGUUGCCUACCUAUACUUUAUCUACAGUUACGGACCACGUAUGAUGGCGAACAGAAAACCGUAUAACCUUAGGAACGUCAUAAACGUAUACAAUGUGGCAAUGGUGAUAGCUAAUUGUUUUUUCGCGUACAAGUUCCUUCGCCACUCGUAUCUUGGCGGAGGUUAUAACCUGUUCUGCCAGCCAAUGAACCACUCGACGGAUGAUAACGGGAUCGCCCUAGUUAGCUACUGUUACUGGUAUUUAUUGAUACGAGCCUUGGACUUUCUUGAUACGGUGUUCUUCGUUCUGCGCAAACGGUUCGACAAUAUCACUGCACAGCACGUCUCACAUCACGCUCUCAUUGUGCUCAACGGCUAUAUGUUUAUGUAUAUUGGCAUGGACGGGCAAACGAUGUUCGGCAUAUGUAUGAACUGCUGCAUUCACGUCGUCAUGUAUAUUUACUACUUCUUAGCGAUGCUGGGUCCUCGAUUUAAGCGCCAUCUCUGGUGGAAACGGUACUUAACAAAAGCCCAGAUCUACCAGCAUGUAGCCAUUAUCCUUCACGGAUUUAUUCCAAUUUUUUACGACUGCGGAUACCCGCCAGGGUUUAUCAUGAUCAUGAUGCCUCAGGGCUUCCUUGGCCUCGCGUUAUUCAUCAAUUUCUAUAAGCUUGCCUAUCAGAAGAAGUCACUCAAUGAAUCCAUCAACAAGAACAUUUGCAUUGUUAAGCACGAUUAACUGUUUAUAUAUAGUGGGUCACCGUCGAACUCGACGCAGGUACAUUAGUAGUGAAGAUUUAUUGUAUUGCACAAAUGCUUUUUUGAUUGCAGUUAAAAUGGUCCGUUAAAAAUCGCGUAUUUCUAUCUAUUUAUGGAUCUAUUUGUAAUAAUAAAAAAAGACGAUAAUAAAGAUAAAUUAAUAAAGAGGUUGUGACUACGCUUAUCUCAAAAUGUAUACACUUAGUACUUGUGAUUCUUGUUGUGAGUUCGACUUCAGUCUGUUUAGCCAGAGGCUCCCUUACCCCCUGUAAACUCAUUCUUCCUAGAUUGCCGUUACUCGUCAGUUGCUGAUCAAAGUGGCUUACGGGAAGAUUUCAUACAAUCUUAUAAAGACCUCAUUAACUUAAGGUGCAGUAACCUACUCUAUUAGCAACUUAUUGUAAUUGCACGUGUCAUUAUAUUAGUCAAGAAUAUACCUUUGUAGGUAACUGCUAUGGUGCUUAAGAGCCUUUGCCCCAUAAACAGGUCUUGAAGAACCAAUGCGGAAUAUAGAAAUAUACAAACAAACUUAGCCUUUACACCUGAACCUACUUAAUACUGAAUUUGAUUUUUCUUCAGGGUGACGUUAUUCUCUCGUCUAGUCUUUUUUUCGGCUGGCGAUAGAAACUGGAGCAUGCCUCGCUUAUGGCGGCCUUGGGUUCCAGGCAGUUUCUUCGGUGAUUAAAAUUCUUUAAAUGCUACAUGGCCUGGAGUCGGUUCACGGGGGAUCUAUUUCUCACCUAGUUCCUGUAUUUUUAGAGUUUUUAACAUUUUAAAUGCCAGUGUCAGCCACCAUAGCCCUUAGAACCCCAGCUCUGCUUUGAUGAGAUGCCUCCUCGCCUGCGGUAACGCGUUCCUCUCCUUCGGGUUCUAAUAUCUGGCCACCUGCUUUCUAGUCUUCAGCACUAUGACCUUUGUUCUCAAUACGUUUGAAUUACUUUCCCUUGAAGCCCCUUUGCCUAAUAUUCAAUUAGUUUGCGUAAUUAUGUGACCUUCAAUGAAUAAAGCGUGACCAGUGAGUGGUGAUU